AUGAAUCCCGAAUAUGAUUACUUGUUCAAGUUGUUGCUGAUUGGUCAGGAGCGUUUCAGAACGAUCACAAGUAGUUACUACCGCGGUGCUCACGGCAUCAUCGUUGUUUACGACGUCACAGAUCAGGAAAGCUUCAAUAACGUGAAGCAAUGGUUAAAUGAGAUUGACCGUUACGCCAGUGAGAACGUUAACAAGCUCUUGGUCGGAAACAAAUGCGACUUGACAAACAAAAGGGUUGUGGACUACCAGACUGCUAAGGCCUUCGCAGACGAGAUUGGCAUUCCCUUCCUAGAGACGAGUGCGAAGAACGCCACAAACGUAGAGCAGGCUUUCAUGACCAUGGCUGCUGAGAUCAAGAACAGGAUGGCGAGUCAGCCAGCCCUCGGCAACAAAGGUGGUGGUCAGACUGUGCGUCCUGGAGAAAGCAGGCCUUUGCAACAGAACAGCAACUGCUGCUAG